GGGGCCUCCGAGUCCAAGUGAAAGGCAGAUUUUGCUGAUUGCCAGUGGCGCCUUCUGGUAAAGUCGAGGCAAUGGCGGGUAUCAGCAGAUGGGUCAAACCGGAGACGUACCCCCUUGCGGCUGCCAUGGGUGCUGCCAUAGGUCUGUGCGGUUUCAUGCUCCUCCGCAGUGCUCUUGCCAAUCCGGAUGUGAGGAUCAAUAAGGUGGAUCGUGCUGCCGGGGUUUUGGAGAACUUCGAAGAAGGCAAGAAGUUCAAGGAGCAUGCCGUUCGGAGAUGGUUAAAAGAGCAUCCUCCAAUGAUUAUGCCUGGUUUGAAUAGGUUAAUGUCUGACCCACCAAAGCCUUGAUUUUGGAAGGAAUAGGUCGGGUCAAACACACUAGUUAGGUGCCAUUGGCGGCAACUUUGAGAUGGUGUGCGUUGGGAUCACAGAUGCCCAUGCGUUUGAGUGAGGCGCUCAAAGAGAACAGAGAUUCGACGCCACCGAACUACUUAUAUAUAGGGAGGUGACACAAGUAGGCCUACUUUCCCAUGCUUUGAGCCUUUCAUGAUAAUUUGCUGCAGCAAAAAAGCGUGGAGAUGAAAAGAAGGUAAAAAGAAUGACAAGCCACACACUUUAACUUCAAUCGUUCAUAAAAAGCUCUGUAGAGAUUAAUUACUCGCGAGGAUUUGCCAAGCCAGUCGUCACGGUGUGGUAGAGAUUAAU